AUGGCCCAGUACUGGCUGAACGUAGCGAUCCUCAGGGUCGUCAUACCAGUGACCUUUACAGCGUGCGCAGUAUGGCGACCAGUGGGUUUAUCGCUGGUUUACCUGGUGCUAAUGUUGAUAUCACCCUUGAUAUCAAUUCCCACCUACGAGACGAUGAAAUCAACAACAGGUCGUUAUCUAAAAUCCUGCAUGGCCCUGAGUUCCAUCACGGCCCUUGCUCAGCUAGGGUUUCACAUCGUCCUGGUGGCAGUGCCGUCUAUCUACAAUGAGUUCACCGAGAAUUGUUCAUUCCUGGAGAUGCUCUUCAGGCACAUCGGUCUUGUGCGGAUGGACGAGGCCACCGUUUGGGAGGUUUUCUUCUGGCUCCUUCCGGAAAUCAUUGCACUGCCUGUUACAGUCAUCGUGUAUAUCCUGUGCAAGAGGUUUACGUGGCGGAAUCCAGAUCUCGAGACCUCGAAUCAUCGUCCAGAGCAUAGUUCAAUGACUAAACAGUCGGUUGAUGCCAAUACCAAGAUCAUCAAUUUCUUAGGCAGCAUAGGCAGCUACAUCGUCCUGGCCUCCCUCUGCUGCGUAUCCUCUCUGAAUCCCUCCGUUGAAGGCGGGUUCUAUUUCCUAAUAUUCCUGGGAGCAGCAACAUGGUGGGCAUGUCACAAAGAGCUCAAGAAAAUAUUCGCAGGUAUCUGCAGGUUCGUGAUGGCUGUGGUAGUUGUACAUAUAGUCGUUCUACUGACGUAUCAGAAUCAGUGGCCACAGGAAUUUAUCCCAGUGAACAGCACUUGGUCCAGAUAUUUCGCCCUCGUACCGUAUUAUGAGACCAACUGUUCAGAUCCCAGGAAUGUCGAUUUUCCAGAGAAAGACUCUGAGUGGGCGAAUUAUGGAUAUGCUCUCGGACUCUUCUGGCUUUAUUAUGUACUUGCAUUACAAUCGCAGUAUUUGUUCAACAAAACGAAGCUGACUGUCACACCCCCGAGUCAGCCUGACGAGAGGACACCAUUGAUGCGGUUUGGGUCCGGAAGGACUGGCCUUCUUCAGGACUCGACUGGAAGUGUCAUUGUUCAGGACGGACAACAUGACGACAGUAUUCAAAUGCAAUCCAUGAGUGACGGUAAAUCCAUCUCUCCAACCCUAAAUGAACAUGUUCAGAGCGCGCAAGAAGACGAGCCAGGUACGAUCGAGCAAAUAAUAAUGGCCGUCUACUCGAUCUUCCAACUGGUCGCCAACUCGUCCUACCUAGCCACAAACAUAAUAAUGAUGACCUGGAGCAUAAUGUAUCAUAGCUGGACGACCUUCGUCUUCCUCCUGUGGGCGCUCAUCCUCUGGAUGGUCCCGGAUAAGCGAGCCUCCAUGAUGAAGUGUUCCCCCUUCAUCGUUACCUACGGCACCCUGUUAGUCCUCGUCGGCUACGUCUUCAGCAUGAAUCUAACCGAAGACGAGCUUCCCACAGUCAUUGAUGGCUUCAGCCUCUCCGAAAUGGGAUUCAGCAAGACCGGUCAACUCAGCAGCUACCACCUGAUCGUGAAAUGCGCCUUCAUGACGAUGUUCUGGAUAACAAUGCGCCAAUACAUGUCCGAGAAGAUCCGCGACCAGCGAUCGUCAACUCUCAGGGACAUGGUAGCCCCCCUUCAUGUGACAGUAUCAGCAGCAACAUCCGCGAUGCAGCACGACAGCACGGAGAUAAAAUCCCAAUUCAUGAAGGACGUCGGUCGAGUCAUCAAAAAACUCUUCACCAAAUUUUGGAUCGUCGUCGUCGCGAUAAUGCUCUUCACCAGUGGUAUCACCGGCGAGAGAAUGACAGUCUUCAGGAUCAUCUACAUGUCCCUCUUCCUCAUCUUCGUCAUCUCCUUCCAGAUGUCCUGGUCCGGCUGGCGAAAGAUGAUGUACGGAUUCUGGAUAACUGUCAUCGUUUACUCAGUCGUAAUGUUGAUCCUCGUCUAUACCUACCAAUUCCACAACUUUCCGACGUAUUGGGAGCGUCUCUACAUAGACAAAGACCUUCAAAACGACAUUGGGCUGGAGACAUAUGAGACCAAAGACCUCUUCGUCCGUUUGCUCACGCCAACCUUCUUUGUCAUAAUCACUGUCCUCCAGAUGCAUUACUUCCACAACGACUUCCUCGAAGCCACCAACAUCGACAAAAUAAGCGUCGACACAGUUUCCAAGAGAGGAAGCCUAGGAAGAUCCACGUCAAUCGCGCCAGUUGUAUCCCCCCUCGAAGUUCUCCUCGGUGAGAACGAAGAAAGAUCAACAAUCUACACCUUGAAGCAACUAAAACACAUGUCAAAACUGGAACGAGUUGCGCUCUUUCGAAGAGUCAUAGAACAGUUGAAAAAUGCCUACAACUACCUCUGGCUCUUCCUCGAGAUCCACAUGCAGAAGAUCAUCUACAUCUCCCUGAUGCUCCUCUGCAUCAACGACGUAUGUGCCAUAAACCUAUUCUUCGUAAUAGCAAUUGCCGUCGUAAUGAACUUCAAAAGAUCGAUGCAGAUAAUGGCGAUCAAUGGAAUGGCGGUGGCGGUGGCUAUACUCAUGGUCGCCAAGAUGUUGUACCAGAUAAAAUACAUUAAUCAUUACAACUGGGACGUUAAUUGCACGAGUGAGAUCCCAGAUAAGGAUAACAUCACAUCUAAUCACACUUACAACAGCGCUGAGUGGAUUGGAUUCAAAAAGGCAGAACCUGGGAUGCUUCCAGAUCUGCUGAAAGGCUACAUCGGAAUUGUCAUCGUAACAACAUUCAGAGCCAUCAUCAUGGUGCGUCAGUGCUUCUACAGACACGGAAAAGGACAAUCCCUGGACACCCCUCAAGUCAUGUUCCAAAGUAUAACUCGAGCCGACGCAGAUAAAGGCAUUGGCGAGUGCCUCAAAUUCCUCUUCAACUAUGGCUUCUACAAGUUCGGACUUGAGUUCUGCCUCAUGGCGCUGGUCGCACUUAUUGGCACACGAUUGGACUUCUUCUCCGUGCUGUAUGGAGUCUGGCUGUUGAUGAUGUUCGCCCAGAAACGUAGGAAUAUCGCCAGAAUCUGGCCGUUCUUCAAAAUCUUUGUCAUGAUCCUUCUGCCCCUUCAGUAUUUCUUUGUUGUGGCGCCCCCUACAUGGCUCUGCGUCGAUUACCCAUGGCGGGAGAACCAGAUCCUCACUAGACUCCAAGAAUGGAUGUACUUGCCUGAUCCCGAGUCUCCUCCGAAUGCCAAAAAGCUCAUUUGCGAUUUCUUCCUCCUUCUGAUGGUUGUGAGACAGAGUUUGGUGUUCAGGAUUGAAGCAAGGAGUGUCGCUACGGGACAGGAAUUCGUCGCUGGGCACAACUAUUCGGUCUUCCAGGAUAUGGAGAAACCGAACUUUGUUAAUCCAGUUAAGGAUUACGUUUCGCGUAUUCAUUGCUGGCUGGAUGUUGUGAAGAGGGGGGUGAUGUUGAGUUUCUUGUGGAUUACGCUUUCGAUCAUGUUUCUGGCUGGGACAAAGAGGACUAAUUUGUUCUCGCUGGGGUACUUGAUCGGGGCUUUUGUAUUUUUGUGGCAAGGGAGUGAUUUCUAUCUGAGACCGGUGAAGACGAUAUUGAAGUGGUGGAACUUGUUGCUUGGGUACAAUGUUAUUGUGAUAUUCUCGAAGACGAUUCUGCAGGGGGUGGGGUGUGUGUUGAUCCAGCAGCUAGAGGAGUCGGCCUGCUGGCUGAUUCAACUGUUGGGGAUAGCUUGUCUGCAGAAGUUUGAGGGUUCGAAUCUACCGUUGAGUGCAACCUGUGAUGUGCCUAGGGAGGAUAUCGGGAUGUUCUGGGAUGGGCUUUGUUUCACGUUCCUGAUUAUUCAGAAGAGGCUGUUCAAGAGCUACUAUUUCUUCCAUAUUGUGGAUGAAACGAAAGCUAUGAGUAUUCUGGCAUCGAGGGGGGCUGAGUUGUUGGAGGAUCUGCAUAGGAAGAGAAUUGAGUAUCAGGAGAAUGUGGAGAAGGCUGUGCUGCAAAAGCUCAAGUUCAAGAUGGAUAAGAUUAAGGCGGAUCAGCAGAGGAUUCAGGGGCCGAGUUACAGGGAACCAGCUGAUCACAAAGUCGAUACGCUCUAUCCCAGAGAUCGGCCGUUGUACAAACACCGCACACCAAAGACCAACAGAGAGGCUGUCAGAUCUGGAGAUUACUACAUGUUCGAUGACUUCGAUGAUGAAGAGGAUGCCACAGACCUUCUGCCAUCACCAGAGGAUCAAAUCGAGGAGGAAGAACGGCGAGAGCGUCAGAGGCAGCGGGGAAGACGUAUGACAGUAUCAGAGCUGAUGACAACCCUGAUUAAGACAGACAUUGAGAUUGCGACGCACGUCGCAAUGUACGGAGGAACCCAGAAGGAUGCGUUGAGGUUGCGACGUCAGAGUGUUCCCCUCACUCGCAAGAAAUCAUCAAUGUCAUAUCUCAGCGCACAUUCCGAAACUGAGACUGCCGCGGCAUCCGAUGACGGGGACAGAACGAGCCUAGUGUCUUCCGAGGCUGAGAGAGAGCUCAAGGAUGAUGACCUGACCAAACCUCCGACUCCUUCUGACGCUGGUGAACGUUUGGAAAGAGAUGGUGAUGAUGAUGGAGAUGGAGAGGAGAAGAAGGGCGCUUCGUUGCUGACUUACUUCAAAUUUGUUCUGGAAUUCAUCAAUAGCUCGAUGGUUUCAGCCACACGAUACCUAAACAGAUUCUCCAGGGAUUACCGGUAUAUUCGAAAGGUUCUUGCGAAGGAAAAGAAAAUUUUGAAGGCUAAACCAGAUUUUAGGAUGGGCACGCGAUUAGGAAUCAAUCAAAUAUGGCAGCCAAUACCAUUAAUGAAACAGAGUUCGGAGACGGAGGGAGAUACUGACGAGACGACGGACGGUGGUGAGGGUCCGAGUCAGCCAAAGACCGAGGAUCAAAGUUCGAUCCUCACGCGAAUGCAGCAGACGCCCCAAACCGAAGAGGAGCAACCCGAGCUUUCCGAGGUGGACCAGCCCCCAGUGAUCCAGCUCCUGGCCUCCAUCUGGUUUGGCAUCUUGGCGCACUCCACCUUCAUGUGCUACUUCAUAAUCUUCCUCCACCAGAUCAAGAAUGCUUCAGUCCUCUCGAUCCCCCUCCCCCUGAUGGUCUUCUUCUGGGGUUCCCUGACGAUCCCCCGACCGUCCAAAACUUUCUGGGUGACAAUAAUAGCGUACACCGAGGCCAUCGUUAUCGUGAAAUGUAUUUUCCAGUUGGACCUCAUUACCUGGAACGAGGGAUAUAUCCCUCACCCCCUCUGGCCCCCGAGGAUAAUGGGAGUGGAGAAAAAGCCGAACUACGCCCUGUGGGACCUUCUCCUCCUGCUGAUGGUCUUCUUCCACCGUUUCAUGCUGAAGUCCUUGGGUCAGUGGACGACUUCCUACGUAGCCAGGAAGAUCAUCCCCUCGAAGUUGACCCUAGCCACAACUCAAAGUUCCACCGACAACAACAGCCAAGAGCCCACGAGAUUCCACUGGGUAAACGAAGGCCAAGAUCAACAAACUCGAGAGCCUUCUCACCCUCCCGAGCCCCCCGAGGACACUCCCUCCGACGAUCAACAGCACCAGCAAUCCACAUCAGCCCAGGAUCAAGCCCCUCAGACGUCCACAGCCUCAAACGAAGCCCUAGUGGCGGUAAAAGGGGAAGAAGUCCCUGUCUGCACAGACAAAUUCUCGACAGCAGUGAACGCCACAGCUCAGAAGUACCUCGAGCCAGCUCGAAAUUUCUUCGCCAACAUUCUGAGCCCAGACGGCAAGGAGAAGACCAACGUCUACGCCUACAUGUUCCUCUGCGACUUCUUCAACUUUCUCCUCAUCAUCUUCGGCUUCUCGUCCUUCGGUACACAGCAGGGCGAUGGUGGUGUGGCUGCUUACUUCCAGGAGAAUCGAGUCCCGAUGCCCUUCCUCCUGAUGCUGCUCCUCCAGUUCGCUCUGAUUGUCGUUGACAGAGCCCUCUUCCUUCGUAAAUGGAUCCUCGGAAAGCUAGUCUUCCAGUACUUCCUCAUCUUCGGUGUUCACGUCUGGAUGUUCUUCAUUCUGCCCAGCAUAACUGAGAGGCAGUUCAAUGAUCGAUUGCCACCGCAGAUCUGGUACAUGGUGAAGUGCUUCUACCUUCUCCUGGCAGCUUACCAACUGCGACUGGGUUAUCCCACCAGAAUCCUGGGGAACUUCCUCUGUAAGAAGUACAACAUCAUCAACUAUGCUCUCUUCAAAGUCUUCAUGUUCGUUCCAUUCUUGUUCGAACUUCGAGCUGUGAUGGACUGGAUCUGGACAGACACCUCCAUGACCAUCAUGGACUGGUUCAAGAUGGAGGACAUCUUCGCGUCUAUCUACCAGAUCAAAUGCAUGAGGGGGGUGGAGACGGAUUUUCCGCAACCCCGAGGGGUCAAGAAGCAGCAGAUGAGCAAGUACAUGGUGGGAGGGGGCGGACUCUUCCUCAUAAUCGGCCUCAUCUGGUUUCCCCUCCUGCUCUUCGCUCUUGGAGCCACUGUGGGGGUGUCCAAUCUCCCUUAUGAAGCCUCUCUGAGCAUCAGGAUUGGCUCCUACGAGCCUAUUUACACCAUGUCAGCCCAGGACACCUCCAUCUUCUCGUACUCCGAGGCUGACUUCAAGACCCUGAAAAAUGUGUACUCAAAGAGCAAAUCUGCAGCGACUUUCCUGGAGAACUAUGAAGCUACUGAUGUGGCUGCAGUCAGGCUCAGCAGAUCGUCGAAGAAAUUAUGGGCUAUUUCUCCACCGGACAAGGAGAGACUGAGGCUGGAGCUGGAGUCCAAUGCCACUUUGACAUUUCAUAUAGAGUGGACGGUCUCCAGGAAGACUGACGUCAAGGAUUCGACUGGGGUCACGUCGACCCCGAGGAAUAUCAAGAUUCCAGCGUGGAUCAAUGGGGAGUUCAAUCCCCUCAGGAAAAAUCUCGCGGAGUUACUGGGGCCUGAUCCCCCACCGAAUGUGGCCAAUGUGUCCAUUCCGGUGAGGAAUGUCUUUCCCAAGUUUUUGAAAGUCACAAACAGAAUCACUGCUGAGGUGCCACAGCUGAUGAGGAUUCCCAUGUUCCCGGGGGUUGACGAUAGUGAGGGGUCUGAUGGGAGGGAUUAUCUUUACAGAAAUGCAACUCUUCAUCUGUCAACUGCUACUGGAAGCCCCAGUGGACAAUGGUGGGUUGUGGAUGAGAACUGCGAUGAUCAGAUGUACAUGAAUUUGUUGAGGUUCAUUCCGUUGAACGAUUGUAAUUAUAUAUUCAUGUUCUUGUUCAAUGAUAAGGCGUUCCCAGAGGGGUUGAGUUUCAUCAGUGGGGUUGGGAUUCUGGGGCUGUAUACCACAGCUGUCAUUGUGAUCAGUCAGAUCAUGAGGAGGGCUGUGAGUGAGAUGGCGCCCAAGAUCAUGUUUGAUGACAUGCCUUAUGUGGAUAGGAUUCUCAGGCUUUGUUUGGAUAUUUAUCUAGUGAGGGAGAGUGGGGAUCUCAGCUUGGAGGAGGAUCUCUUUGCUAAGUUGAUCUUCCUUUAUAGGAGUCCUGAGACACUUAUCAGGUGGACCAGGCCUCCUGAGCCUGGGGCAGGGGCGAGGGAGGAGGGCGAGGAGGAGGAUGAGGAGAGGGAGGAACGAGAUAGGCUGAGGGAUUCUUAGAAUUGGAGACGAGAAAGGGGAUUAAUUACUUGAUCGAUUGAGUAAAUUAAAUAUAGAAUGAGCAGAUAUUUUCACAUUUUGUUACGUGUGAAAAUCAUCUGGAAAUUCCAUUGAGAAAUUUCUUCCCAAAGUGUUUAAAAGUCAGGAGGAGCGAAAUAGGCUGAGGGAUCCCUAGAAGGGAAAUAAGAAAGGGGAUUUACUCGAUUGAUGGAAUAAUUGAAAAAGCAAUACGAGUGGAUUUUUUUACGUUUUGUUAGAUGUGAAAAUGUCUUGAUGAGAGGUUUUAGAGGAAAUUUCCAGAAACGUCUUUGGUUGAAUAUUUCGAAAGCUAUAGGAAAAGUCUUUCGGCAUUUUUAAAAUAGAAUUAUUUAUUUGAGGGAUACAUUACUAAUUGAUGGAAAGGGGGACGUUUGAAAUUUACGUUUUAUAAUUGUACGUGAGUUCAUCAAUCAACUGCUGAGAGCAGAUCUCUAGUCACUCGAUGGCUGAUUUUGUCUUCUGUAGUUCUAAGGGACUCAUUGAGACUUUUAAAACGUCUGAUGAACAUUCAGUUCUUUAUUCAGUAGUGAAGUGUUGGAGAAUACGAUAUGAAUCGAAAAUAUUGUGAAGAUUAUUUUGGAAAUAUUUAUGCAAUUAAUGGAUGAAGAGGAAUAUCAAGAGAAGUUUCUUUGAGAGAAUGAAAAUGUCUGCAACAGAUAUAUUUUCAUGUUCUUUUCCAGAGCCGAUUAUUUAUUUUUAUCGUUGAGCCGAUUGUUACUGAGAUAAUUUCAUGAUUAACGAAGGGAGAUAUGUCGAUCAACUGUUUCACUUUUUCUUAAUUAUGCAAAUUUAUCAAAGAUCAAUGGAUUGAAUUCUCAACAAAAAAAAAUCCUGGUGAUGAAUUUCUCUUGACGUCAACCUCUCAAGAACAUUUCCAGAAUAAUCUAAUAAUUUAGAACUAAUUUCGAAUCAUCACUUCACUCCCUAAAAAAAUGAAUUAUCGAAUUGAAUGGACGUAAGCACUUGGAACAAUUAAAUGCGUGGCCAAAUGUGAACAACUCACACCGCUGAUCAUCCACCAGAUAAAAAUUACAACGAUGGCAGUCUAAACAGCUGUCCAUGAAAAUUUGAGAAAAUUUUAAUUACACAAUCCUAGACUUAAGUUUUGUCUCUCGUUAGUUAUAGUUCAUCAUUGUGCCUCAAUUAUAGUACAUAAGUGCAUUUAAAAAAACAUUCAGGUUCAAUAUUUUGAUUGAAAUCAAUUUAUUGGACUCCGGUUCGUCAUCCAAAUUGGAAUUUAUCGAUUAUUAAUUAUUGUUAUAGCAAGUUUUAAUUCCUGCGUUGAUUCACUGGAAUCACGAUGGCUGAACUGUUCUUAGAGUAGAGCCACGUGAUCCUGCCAGAAAUAUCACAAACUCUUAAGUUUGUAUUCAUUUUUGUAUAUUUAUAAUGACUGUGGUGAAAAUACGAAUCUCAAUGACUUUAAUUGUCCCACAAUCAUCAGGUCACUCAUCGAAUAUUUGUAAAUACAAAACAACGCCUCAAUGUCAAUUUUGAAUAAAUGGGAAACUUUAAUGAAUGAA